AUGGACCGGUCCCGUUAUCCGGGGUUGGCCCAGGACAGAGUGCUGGUGCUGGGCGUGCUGCAGACGGCCUCCGCGGGGCUCUGUGCGGUCUGCGGGGUCAUGGACGCGGUGUUCAGGAAGGACACCCCGCUGAGCUCCACCCGGACCCCCCUGUGGGCCGCGAUGGUCAUGGCGGGGCCCGGGGUCCUGGCUCUGUUCGUGUCCCAGAGGAAGCACCGCCUCCUGGUGAGGGCUGUGGUCCUGUGUGCGGCCCUGUCCUCGCUGGCCUCGGUCCUCGUGUUGGGAUACUCAGGUCUCACUCUGACGUUCGGAGAAGAAGACCCGCAUGUGUUCAUCCACCACCACAGCCCCAAAGUGGUGAGUCAUGUGUUCAUCCACCACAGCCCCCAAGUGGUGAGUCAUGUGUUCAUCCACCACAGCCCCCAAGUGGUGAGUCAUGUGUUCAUCCACCACAGCCCCCAAGUGGUGAGUCAUGUGCUCAUCCACCACAGCCCCCAAGUGGUGAGUCAUGUGUUCAUCCACCACAGCCCCCAAGUGGUGAGUCAUGUGUUCAUCCACCACAGCCCCAAAGUGGUGAGUCAUGUGUUCAUCCACCACAGCCCCCAAGUGGUGAGUCAUGUGUUCAUCCACCACAGCCCCCAAGUGGUGAGUCAUGUGUUCAUCCACCACAGCCCCCAAGUGGUGAGUCAUGUGUUCAUCCACCACAGCCCCCAAGUGGUGAGUCAUGUGUUCAUCCACCACAGCCCCCAAGUGGUGAGUCAUGUGUUCAUCCACCACAGCCCCCAAGUGGUGAGUCAUGUGUUCAUCCACCACAGCCCCAAAGUGGUGAGUCAUGUGUUCAUCCACCACAGCCCCCAAGUGGUGAGUCAUGUGCUCAUCCACCACAGCCCCAAAGUGGUGAGUCAUGUGCUCAUCCACCACAGCCCCAAAGUGGUGAGUCAUGUGUUCAUCCACCACAGCCCCAAAGUGGUGAGUCAUGUGUUCAUCCACCACAGCCCCAAAGUGGUGAGUCAUGUGCUCAUCCACCACAGCCCCAAAGUGGUGAGUCAUGUGUUCAUCCACCACAGCCCCAAAGUGGUGAGUCAUGUGUUCAUCCACCACAGCCCCAAAGUGAGGUUUGUGCUGCAGCGCAUGGUCCGAGGAGCCAACGCCACCUUGGUCCUGUGCAGCCUGCUGAGCCUGCUGCUGUCCUGCACCCUGGGUCUGGGUCUUGGUCUGGGUUCCUGCCGGCCAGGUCUGGGUCUGGGCCUGGGGUCCUGCCGCAGUCUGCCCCUCUGCACCUGCUGCGACACCACCACAGGACAGGAGAGACUUGUUCCACAAACGGACCCUGAAGACACAGAGAUGGUCUGCUCCUGGAGAGCUACAGACGAGGGUUUGUUCCAGUCUCCGGCCUCGUACUCGGAGCAGAGAGAGAGAACAUCGACGCCGCCGCCGUAUGCUAGGUUAGCAUGA